AUGAGGAGCUACAUAAUCACCACGCCGAGACAGUGGGUGUCCGGCGCUACUGCCCAGGUAUGUGUCUACGUGGACAACCCUUCUGCUCCAGAUGGUAAGCUGACCUUCGCUGUCAAGACUUAUGACUGGCAACCGGUUGAUGAGGAUCGGAACUUCACCGUUGUUCCGAACACUGUUGUCCAUAUUCCUGGAGGGAAGACUGAGAAGUGCUAUGAAGUCGCAGUGCCAAGUUCGACCUAUAACUACGGUGACCUGCACAUCUUUGGCAGUGUUGCUGGUGUUAACAUCAGUCGUACAGUGAGUAUGUCUUGGAAGCGCUCCAAGCAGGUUACCUUCAUCCAGACUGACAAGUACCUCUACGAGCCUAGCGAGAACGUCAAGUUCAGAAUUCUCACAGUGACUGGACCUUAUUUAAACGUCUCUACUGACCAGGUUUGA